CACCGCUGCAGCUGCAAAAGAGAGAGAGACGGCGUGGAGAACAGCCCGGAUCAAUGCGUGGAGUCCUGACUGGUUCCAGGAAACAGAUCACCUGUCUGAGUGUUCAGGAGCGGACUGGAAACUUUGUUCUUCUUCAGCGCUUUGAAUAAAGUGUGAAGGUAGAAAGUGUGUGUGAGCUGCUGUGAGUUGAGCAUCAUGGAUGAGUGUGAGGACAGAGAGGAGGGAGUCCCUCCCUCUAAAAGCUCUCUGUGUGGGGAACAGGAGAACCAGAGCAAAGCUCAGAGGAAUCCACCUGGACCUGGACCUGGACCUGGACCUGGACCUGGACCUGGACCUGGACCUGGACCUGGACCUGGAUCUGGACCUGGACCUGCAUCCAGCUGUGUGUCCUUAAAGAGUGACCAUUCGAUGGGUCGCUUAAUUAACUUGAAAGAUGAUCAACCUCCUGCUGCAGAGAAAAUCCAUCAGAGACCAGAGUCCUCUGGACCUGGACCUGCAUCCAGCUGUGUGUCCUUCAGGAGUGACUGGUCUAAGGAGUUUCAUAUUGAUUUUAAAGGAGAACCAGGUCCUGCUGCAGAGGGAGUGGAGCAGCAGAACUCAGAGGUUCCCAGAGCUCAGUCUGUCCAGCAGCAUCACCUGGACUCCAUAUUCAUGCUGCUGGAGGACAACAUGGUGACUUUUGUGAAGAAGGAGCUGAAGAAGAUGCAGAAGGUCGUGAGUCCAGAUUACCCAGAAUGCUCAGAGAGUCAGAGGGAGGAUGAGGAGGAGUUGGAGGGUGAUGAUGAAGAUGAGAGGAGCAGCCGAGAGAUGUUUGAGCAGAUCACAGUGUUGUUCCUGAGGAGGAUGAAGCAGGAGAAGCUGGCUGACUGUCUGCAGAGCAAACUUGCUGCUCCAGUUUGUGGACGUAAACUUAAAUGUUCUCUGAAGAAGAAGUUCCAGAGAGUGUUUGAGGGCAUCGCUAAAGCAGGACAGAAGACCCUCCUGAAUGAGAUCUACACAGAGCUGUACAUCACAGAGGGAGGGACUGCAGAGGUCAAUGAUGAACAUGAGGUCAGACAGAUUGAAGCAGCAUCCAGGAAAGCAGACAGAGCAGAAAGAAGCAUCAGACCAGAAGACAUCUUUAGAGGCUCACCUGGAAGAGAUGGACCAAUCAGAACAGUGAUGACACAGGGAGUGGCUGGCAUCGGGAAAACAGUGUUAACACAGAAGUUGACUCUGGACUGGGCUGAAGACAAAAGCAACCAGGACAUCCACUUCAUGUUUCCAUUGACUUUCAGAGAGCUGAAUGUGCUGAAAGAGAGAAAGUUCAGCUUGGUGGAACUUGUUCAUCACUUCUUCAGUGAAACCAAAGCAGCAGGAAUGUGCAGCUUUGAAGACUUCCAGGUUGUGUUGAUCUUUGACGGUCUGGAUGAGUGUCGCCUUCCUCUGGACUUCCACAACAAUGAGGUCCUGACUGAUGUUAGAGAGUCCACCUCAGUGGAUGUGCUGCUGACAAACCUGAUCAGGGGGAAUCUGCUUCCCUCUGCUCGCCUCUGGAUAACCACACGACCUGCAGCAGCCAAUCAGAUCCCUCCUGACUGUGUGGACAUGGUGACGGAGGUCAGAGGGUUCACCGACCCACAGAAGGAGGAGUACUUCAGGAAGAGAUCCAGAGAUGAGGAGCAGGCCAGCAGCAUCAUCUCCCACAUGAAGACAUCACGAAGCCUCCACAUCAUGUGCCACAUCCCAGUGUUCUGCUGGAUCACUGCUACAGUUCUGGAGGAGCUGCUGAGAAGCAGAGAGGGAGGAGAUCUGCCCAGAACCCUGACUGAGAUGUUCAUCCACCACCUGGUGGUUCAGACCAAAGUCAUGAAGGUCAAGUAUGAUGGAGGAGCUGAGACAGAUCCACACUGGAGUCCAGACAGCAGGAGGAUGAUUGAGUCUCUGGGAAAACUGGCUUUUGAGCAGCUGCAGAAAGGAAACCUGAUCUUCUAUGAGUCCGACCUGACAGAGUGUGGCAUCGAUAUGAGAGCAGCCUCAAAGUACUCAGGAGUGUUCACACAGAUCUUUAAAGAGGAGAGAGGGCUGUACCAGGACAAGGUGUUCUGCUUUGUUCAUCUGAGCGUUCAUGAGUUUCUGGCUGCUCUUCAUGUCCAUCAGACCUUCAUCAACUCUGGAGUCAACCUCCUGGAAGAACAACUAACAACAUCUCGUUGGUCUAAACUGUUCAGACAGAAGAUAGAUCCAACACUUUUCUACCAGAGAGCUGUGGACGAGGCCUUACAGAGUCCAAACGGACACCUGGACUUGUUCCUGCGCUUCCUCCUGGGUCUGUCACUGCCGACCAAUCAGAAUCUCCUACGAGGCCUGCUGACACAGACAGGAAGUCUCUCACAGACCAAUCAGAAAACAGUGGAGUACAUCAAGAAGAAGAUCAGUGAGAACGUGUCUGCAGAGAGAAGCAUCAAUCUGUUCCACUGUCUGAAUGAACUGAAGGAUGUUUCUCUAGUGGAGGAGGUCCAACAGUCCCUGAGAUCAGGACGUCUGUCCACAGAUAAACUGUCUCCUGCUCAGUGGUCAGCUCUGGGCUUCAUCUUACUGUCAUCAGGAGAACAUCUGGACGUGUUUGACCUGAAGAAAUACUCUGCUUCAGAGGAGGUUCUUCUGAGGCUGCUGCCAGUGGUCAAAGCCUCCAAGAAAGUUCUACUGAGUGGCUGUAAUCUGUCAGAGAGAAGCUGUGGAGCUCUGUCCUCAGUCCUCAGCUCCCAGUCCUCCAGUGUGACAGAGCUGGACCUGACUAACAACAACCUGCAGGAUUCAGGAGUGAAGAGUCUUUCUGCUGGACUGGAGAGUCCACACUGUAAACUGGAAGCUCUCAGACUGAGUGGCUGUAAUCUGUCAGAGAGAAGCUGUGGAGCUCUGUCCUCAGUCCUCAGCUCCCAGUCCUCCAGUGUGACAGAGCUGGACCUGACUAACAACAACCUGCAGGAUUCAGGAGUGGAGAGUCUUUCUGCUGGACUGGAGAGUCCACACUGUAAACUGGAAGCUCUCAGACUGAGUGGCUGUAAUCUGUCAGAGAGAAGCUGUGGAGCUCUGUCCUCAGUCCUCAGCUCCCAGUCCUCCAGUGUGACAGAGCUGGACCUGACUAACAACAACCUGCAGGAUUCAGGAGUGGAGAGUCUUUCUGCUGGACUGGAGAGUCCACACUGUAAACUGGAAGCUCUCAGACUGAGUGGCUGUAAUCUGUCAGAGAGAAGCUGUGGAGCUCUGUCCUCAGUCCUCAGCUCCCAGUCCUCCAGUGUGACAGAGCUGGACCUGACUAACAACAACCUGCAGGAUUCAGGAGUGGAGAGUCUUUCUGCUGGACUGGAGAGUCCACACUGUAAACUGGAAGCUCUCAGACUGAGUGGCUGUAAUCUGUCAGAGAGAAGCUGUGGAGCUCUGUCCUCAGUCCUCAGCUCCCAGUCCUCCAGUGUGACAGAGCUGGACCUGACGAACAACAACCUGCAGGAUUCAGGAGUGGAGAGUCUUUCUGCUGGACUGGAGAGUCCACACUGUAAACUGGAAGCUCUCAGACUGAGUGGCUGUAAUCUGUCAGAGAGAAGCUGUGGAGCUCUGUCCUCAGUCCUCAGCUCCCAGUCCUCCAGUGUGACAGAGCUGGACCUGACUAACAACAACCUGCAGGAUUCAGGAGUGGAGAGUCUUUCUGCUGGGCUGGAGAGUCCACACUGUAAACUGGAAGCUCUCAGACUGAGUGGCUGUAAUCUGUCAGAGAGAAGCUGUGGAGCUCUGUCCUCAGUCCUCAGCUCCCAGUCCUCCAGUGUGACAGAGCUGGACCUGACUAACAACAACCUGCAGGAUUCAGGAGUGGAGAGUCUUUCUGCUGGACUGGAGAGUCCACACUGUAAACUGGAAGCUCUCAGGCUGUCAGGCUGUCUGGUCACAGAGGAAGGCUGUGCUUCUCUGGCCUCAGCUCUGAGCUUCAAGACCUCAAAUGUGAGAGAGCUGGACCUGAGCUACAACCAUCCAGGAGACUCAGGAGAGAAGAUGCUGAGAGCUAAAGUGGAGGAUCCACACUGUAGACUGGAAACUCUCAGGGUGACGCCUGCUGGAGUCCGAUGGUUGACACCAGGUCUGAGGAAGUAUUCCUGUCAACUCACAGUCGACACAAACACAGUACACAGAAAACUCAAACUGUCUGACAACAACAGGAAGGUGACAUUAGUGAAGGAGGUUCAGUGGUAUCCUGAUCAUCCAGACAGGUUUAACUGCUGGGAACAGCUGCUGUGUAGAACUGGUCUGACUGGUCGCUGUUACUGGGAGGUGGAGUGGAGAGGAGAGGUUUAUAUAUCAGUGAGUUACAGAGGAAUCAGAAGGAAAGGAGACAGUUAUGACUGUGUGUUUGGACGUAAUGAUCAGUCCUGGAGUCUGAUCUGCUCUGAUGGUGGUUACUCUGUCAGACACAAUAACAGUAAAACAUCCAUCAGGUCCUCCUCAGUCUCUCACAGAGUUUCAGUUUAUGUGGACGUUCCUGCUGGAACUCUGUCCUUCUACAGAGUCUCCUCUGACUCUCUGAUCCUCCUCCACACCUUCAACACCACAUUCACUCAACCUCUCUAUCCUGGAUUUGGGUUCUACAGGUUCUAUUCUGGUUCCUCAGUGUUUCUGUGCUGAGUUCAGUCUCCAGAGUCUCCUCCUGUCAGAGAAACAGUGUUGAACAGAUAGUUGAGUCUCUCCAUGACUCUGUCCCUCACAAACAUGUUUUCACAUUCAUGGAUUAAAUCUAAUCUUCUUCCUCUUCAAAGAUGAAGUUGUGAUUCUUCCAGGAGCCAAAUGUGGUGUUUGCGUCUUUUUCCAGUCAAAUGUUGAGAGUGAAAAUCAGGAUGUGGUGUUCCUCUGACGCUCACUUGAACUAAAAGCAUCUGAGCUGCACAAAGUGUGAAAUGAGAGAGGAAGCAGUGAAUCUACAAACUGCUGACAGACUUUCACACAUUAUUGUCCAGAGAAAAUCAGGUUUUUGUGCAAACAACUGUGCAAACUCUGUUUUAUAAUCUAAUAUUGUUAUUGUAUUCAUUUGUUCCUUUUUUCUUUUUAGAACAAACAGACAUUUAAAAUCUUUUCCUGUAAAAACAUCUGAUGAUUAUUUAGCUCACAGAGUUUUAAAACCUUCACAAAGCAAACAGAAAUCACACAAACAUCCAGUUAACACGACGUGUUUUCAUCUGAAUAUUCUUUCUAUUCAGUCAUUCUAGUUUCUUUUAUGCACUUUAGUCUUGAAGCAAUGAGGACAAACCUACAUUAUUAUUAAAUCUCUCUUUUUAUCCAACAGGAAAUCUAAAUUCUUCCACAUAUUUUAGACUUUCUCUGUAAAAACAGGACAAAAGAAGCUGCAGAACUACAGAAAUAUGAAUGUAAAAGCUGAAUCAGUCUGAAAACUAAACACAAAACUAAUCUGCAGCGUUUAGUUCUGAUAAAUAAUCAGUUUUUUACAGAUUUCUGCUGCUUGGUGGACUGAAGGAACGGCGCCUCCUGCUGGAGUCUCAGCAACAAGAAUUAAAUCACAUGUUCUGAAAAUGAGUGAAAUGAUUCUUAGUUUGAACAGGAAUAGAAUAAAAGAGCAGGAUUUCAUGUUUUUUCUCAGUGUGUCGACCUCUUCUACCAACAAAAAUCACAUUAAAACAUGAGAGAAGCAGUUUUUGUGUUUUAAAUUCAUAAAUAUUUUGAAGAGAAGGUUCUGAAUAAACUGUGGUUAGAAGAAACAUUUUAGCCGCUAACGUCCACGAUAUUAAAGAUUACAAACAUCUGCAUCACCUGUAAUGUUAACAAACACACAGAUCAAUAUUUACAUAUAUAUCAGAGAUGUUAAAUAUUUAUCUCUAUAUACCGACCAGCCCCCCCUGCCUACCAUCCUGCCCUUGGAAUGAAUAGUUUUGUUGAGCAGCCUUUGAACUGAUCUCUGGUCUGUUCUGAUGUUGGACUUGUUUGUUCCUCAGAGCUGCAUCAGACUGUUCUGGACACUUUGUCUUGUCCUGUUAGUUCACUUCCUCCUGUUUCAUCAGUUUCUUUGUUCAGUUUAUCCAGUUUCAGGUUGUUUUUUUCUAUGUUUCCUCUUUUGAACUUCGUUGUUUGUUUUUGCAGUCGCAGCAGUUUUGUUUGUUUCUGGAAUGAGUUUGGUUUAUUUUCUCCUCAGUCCAGUUUGAACAUUUCUGUAUUGAUUUAGUUCCUGCUUUGUUUAAUAAAGUCCUUUUGAAUCCUC